AUGGCAGUUCGACAGAUAACCGGGUCAAUUCGACUACUCAAAAUCCUACACGGUUUAGAACAUACCACAUCAACAUCCACCGUCUACAAACACGACACUGGGCUAGCUUUAGCCAGUAGCAAGGGACAGGAAAUCAUAAUACCACGGAAUAUCAACCCGGGAGUGUUUGCCACUCUCGUUUGGGACAACAAUGAUUUCAAUGAAGAAACUGUUUCGGGUAAAGGAACUACGCACGUUGCAAAUGGAAUUAUUUUGCAGAAUGGAGAC